AAGAGUACUCUCAAUUCUCAUAGGUUUCAAAUAAAAAAUAUUUAUAAAAAAUAUAAAAUGGAACCUGCCCAAUUGAUUUUUGAAGAAUGGAAUUCUCUUAGUGGACAGUACACAGCUGAGGAAGCUGAUUUCAUGUCUCAGUUCCUUGGUGGUGAUGGAAAUACAAAUUUUGGCAUGCCAUCUUAUUUGCCUUCAAAUGUUGCAAAUGCUAAUUUUAUGUGUUUCUCCAAAGGGAGUAGCAUUAGCACUGAUAAUAGUCCUAAUACACAUUCCACCACCACAAGUAGUGGAACCUACUCAUGUGAUUUGGCAACAAAUAUUGAUUCCUUGAUUUUUUGUUUGGGAGAUGCCAAACAAAUAAAUUAUGAAAGCAUUGAUCAUGAAGGGUCAGGUUUAGAACUAGUGAGACCGGUUCUUGCUGCCGAGAUGGAGAACACUGCAAAAAGAUAUAGGAGCUCAAUAGAGGUCUCAAAAAACAUGAGGAAUGUUAAGAGGUGUCCAAAUUCUGCAUCUAUGAGUAACAAUGAAGAGAGCCUAAUGUGGCAUGGCUCCAAAAACUGUUUUUCACAGGUUGAUUCAUCAAAUGCUUCAAUAGAGCUAAAUAGAGGAACAUCUCCAAGUCUAAGCCCAAGAGAACCUAAAGCACCUAAUUUAUAUAAAAAAUCAAAAGCAACAAGUGGUCUUGCCACUGAUGCACAGAGCAUUUAUGCAAGAAGGAGAAGAGAAAGAAUAAAUGAAAGGUUGAGAAUCUUGCAAACCCUUGUCCCAAAUGGAACUAAGGUUGAUAUUAGCACAAUGCUUGAGGAAGCUGUCCAAUAUGUGAAAUUUUUGCAGCUUCAAAUUAAGCUUCUGAGUUCUGAAGAUAUGUGGAUGUAUGCUCCAAUUGCUUACAAUGGAAUAAACAUUGGAUUAGACCUCAGCUUUAAUUAAAGGAAGAUGAUUAUGUGAUCAUGAUGGUAUAGAGCAAUUAAACCGAAAAGGAUAUGACAUUUCAUAGCUUAGCCUGUUCUUUUAUGAUAUCAACUAUCAAGUUUAUUUGUAAUAUUGAGACUAAUUCAUGUUUGUUCAUACUUUAUUUCAGUUCAAACAAAUACAUAAAUUUAAUUUCAAUAUACAAUGCAUAUUAUUAUAAGAAUAUUGUACUAUAUUUUAUCUUGUAAUUUAAGUGAGAGUC